AUGGAGCCUAAUAAAGAUCUCGUUGCAAAACUGGUGAUGGCCGAUCCAGGCUUACCCCGACCGAACCCAACCCAAUCUUACUGGCAACAAGUCCCUCAUGAAUUAGCGAAUGCCCAGUCCUCAAGCCUUCCUACCGAACGGGACUUCGCUAUCAUUGGGUCUGGUAUCACCGGACUUGCCGUCGCCAAGUCUCUGCUAGAGCAACACCCAGCAGCAACAGUAACCGUCUUAGAAGCUCGAACCCUCUGCUCCGGCGCGACGGGGCGCAAUGGAGGCCAGAUGGCCGCCAACGUGGGUGAAGAAUACAUGCACCUUGCCGAGACCCAUGGACCAGAGAUGGCGGGAAAGAUUGUAUCAUUUACCUUUCAAAAUCUGCAGAGGAUGCAAGAAUUGAUCAAGGAAUAUGGUGCCGUGGACGCGAGCGAAAUGCAGCAACUUCAGAAGCUGCGAUCCUUCUUGACUGAAGACACUUUUCGAAAUUUCAAGUUGAGCAUCGCGCGUUUGGAAUCAGAUCACCCUUCCUGGAAAGGCCUGUACACAAUUCUUGACAAGGAAACUCUAAUAAAGAAGUAUGGAAUCCACGGGGCUGAAGGAGGAGCAUUGCUUCCAGCUGGGACCGUAUGGCCCUAUCGCCUAGUGACGAAAGUGUUCGCAGCUUUGAUGAAGAAGUACCCAAAUCGAUUUACCAUCGAGACGACUACGCCCGUCCAGGCAGUUCAGCACGAAUCCAACUUCGUCACACCAGUAACAUCCGUGUUUCCGUAUAUCGUCCGGACCCCUCGUGGCCCCCUCCGAGCCGGAAAUGUAAUUUAUUGCACCAAUGGCUAUACGGGGCAUCUCAUCCCCAAGCUACGCGGCCGUGUUCACCCCUUUAAAGGCACAAUGACGGUCCAAGACCCUGGAAACGCAAUGCCAAAUCAAGGAAAAUCUUUCUCGUGGGGGUUCCACUACCCAGUCACAUACGAUCCUGCAACCAAAGAGUCCGGCCAUGGGUUGUACUAUCUGGGACAGAGUGCGAAGACCGGUUAUUUCUAUCUCGGAGGCGAGAAUGCUCGGAUAGAGCACGUUGUCUCAGCUGAUGAUGGUUUUGUGGAUAAAAAUUCUGUAACCCAUCUGCAGUCCGUCCUCCCAAAGUUCUUUGGCAAAAGCGGCAUGCCACCCUGGAAGGUUGUUAGCUCUUGGAGCGGGAUCAUGGGAUUUUCAUCUGAUGGGCUGCCUCUGGUUGGACAACUCCCAACAUCACUGACCGGUCGCAAUGGCGAGGGAGAGUGGAUUGCGGCCGCUUUCAAUGGUUAUGGAAUGGCUAAUUGUUUGAUGAGUGGCGAGGCACUGGUGUCUCUGAUACUUGGAAAUGGCACUGGUGACUGGCUUCCAGACGCGUAUGGACUCAGUGAGAAGCGAUUGCGAGAGAUUCUUACGGCACCUGAGUCGGUUAAGGCUUUGACCUCCAAGUUAUGA